GAGGUGGAGGGAUGGUGCAUCAACCCGCCUGCUGUCUUGACAUCAUUAUCGCUUCCUAAUCAGCGUUUAGAGAAGACGGUGGGAACAUCUUCCGCUCUUAUUUUAUACACUGAGCUCUGAUGAAUGUGGCGCACACACCCGAACUUUAUGUCUCAAUACAGGAGGAGUUGUUUCUGCACCUGUCACGCGGGAGAGAUGCUACACCUGCAAUAAUCUGCGGGGUCCACGUGGAAAAGUUGAAGCUGAAAAAGAGAGGAACCCCCCUUGUCUCCUCAGCCUCCUCAGGAUGCGAGAUGUACAUGUUGCAAACAUGCAGACGACGCGUCUCCAGGAAUAAAAAAGUAGGGGACGUGCUGGCAGUGCCGCGGCUGGAGACGGUGCACCGGGGUCCAGCAGUCCUGCACGCUGCUGCUGCUGGGACGGGAUUUUUUUACUGUACAGAAGAUAUUUUAUAAGCGGAUCUGAAGAUGCUGAUGAACUGGAGGAUCCUGGUCUCGCACACGUGCAGCAGCAGCAGCAGCAGCAGCAGCAGUAGCAGCAGCUUCCUUCUGCUCUGGAUCCUCGUCGGCUUGAACGUGGUGGAGGUGGCGGGGUCCCAGCAAGGGAUCCCUCUGUCUGUCGUAAAGCUCUGGGCUUCAGCAUUCGGUGGAGAAAUUAAAUCCAUUUCUGCAAAAUAUUCCGGAUCCCAACUACUGCAAAAGGAGCUUUGGGCUAUCACAGCGCCGCGUCCAGGGACCAACUCCAGUUCUGAGGCCGGUGCUUCAACCAAGGGCAGCAGCAGGACUAAAAAUGCUGCGUGUCUUGGAGGGUGGGACGAAAGCGGAGGAACCAGAGGAGGUCCACGCAAAUAUGGGGAGAGUGUUCAAACUGCGUAUAGAAAGCGGCUCCUGGGUCCAAACCUCGGACCUCCUUGCACUGAGAAAUAUAAAGAACCUGAAAAGUCAGUCAGAGUGGAAGAAAUUGACGGUGUGAAACUGGUCAAAAACCUGGCUGUGAAGAUGGAGGAAGUGUUUCGGAAAAAAGCAGAGGCCACCAGGCGGCUGGUGGAGGCUGCAGAAGAAGCGCACCAUCAGCAUGAGGAUAAUCCCGACCUGCAGUACGAGUACUUCAACGCUGUGCUGAUCAACGAAGUGGACGAGGAGGGGAAUAACGUAGAGCUGGGAGGAGAGUUCCUCCUGGAGCCCAAUGACCAUUUCAAUAACCUUUCAGUCAACCUGAGCCUCAGCGUGGUGCAGGUGCCCACCAACAUGUACAACAAAGAUCCUGACAUAGUGAACGGAGUUUACUGGUCCGAGGCUCUCAAUAAAGUAUUUGUAGAUAAUUUUGAAAGAGACCCAACACUUAUCUGGCAGUACUUUGGGAGCGCUAAGGGAUUCUUCAGGCAGUACCCCGGUGUAAAGUGGCAUCCAGAUGAACAUGGUGUCAUUGGCUUUGACUGUAGAAACAGGAAGUGGUACAUUCAGGCAGCAACGUCUCCGAAGGACGUUGUUAUCUUGGUCGAUGUCAGUGGGAGCAUGAAAGGACUGAGGCUGACCAUCGCCAGGCAGACUGUCUCCUCCAUAUUAGACACACUUGGAGAUGAUGACUUUUUCAACAUCAUUGCAUAUAAUCAGGAGAUCCACUACGUAGAGCCUUGUUUGAAUGGCACGCUGGUCCGAGCCGACAGAACCAAUAAAGACCAUUUCCGUGAACAUCUGGACAAGCUGUUUGCCAAAGGGAUCGGGCUGCUGGGUGAAGCUCUGGCUGAGGCGUUCACGAUCCUGAAUGAUUUUAAUCACACAGGACACGGCAGUUUGUGCAGCCAGGCCAUAAUGCUGGUGACCGACGGGGCGACUGAAAUGUAUGAUGACGUUUUUGAGAAGUACAAUUGGCCAGAAAGAAAGGUGCGAAUAUUCCCGUACCUGAUUGGACGAGAGUCUGCGUUUGCUGAUAACCUCAAAUGGAUGGCUUGUGCCAACAAAGGAUACUUCAGUCAGAUCUCCACCUUAGCAGAUGUUCAGGAGAACGUGAUGAGGUAUCUUCACGUCAUGAGCCGCCCGAAGGUCAUCGACCACGAGCACGACACAGUGUGGACGGAAGCUUACGUGGACAGUGCUCUAUCCCAGGCUCAUAAGUUGAAUGAAAAAGCAGGCCCAAGUCUGAUGACUACAGUCGCCAUGCCUGUCUUCAGCACAAAGAAUGAAACGAAGAACCAGGGUAUUCUGUUGGGGGUCGUAGGAACAGACAUCCCUCUGCAGGAGCUGAUGAAGCUCAUCCCUAAACAUAUGUUAGGAAUCCAUGGGUACGCAUUUGCUAUCACAAACAAUGGCUACAUCCUGACACACCCGGACCUCAGGCCUUUGUAUCAGGACGGUCAGAAGAGGAGGAAGCCCAACUACAGCAGCGUGGAUCUCUCUGAGGUGGAGUGGGAAGACAAAGAUGAUGCUCUACGCAACGCGAUGGUGAACAGGAGGACAGGGACUUUCUCUAUGGAGGUGAAGAAGACGGUGGAUAGAGGGAGGCGUGUCCUGAAGAUGCACAAUGACUAUUACUACACUGACAUCAAAGGAACACCAUUCAGUGUCGGAGUGGCUCUCUCCAGAGGUCAUGGAAAGUACUUCUUCAGAGGAAAUGUAUCAGUUGAAACUGGGCUCCGUGAUCUGGAACAGCCAGAUGUCGCCCUGGCAGAUGAAUGGACUUACUGCAACACAGAGGAGCAGCAUGAGCACCGUCACCUGACGCAGAUUCAAGCCAUCAAGCUCUUCAUGACGGGCCGCAGACAACACCUCAAAUGUGACAGAGAGCUGAUCCAGGAGGUGUUAUUUGAUGCUGUGGUCACUGCUCCACUGGAGGCCUACUGGACUGGACUGGCCCUCAACAAGUCAGAGAACUCAGACAAAGGAGUGGAGAUUGCUUUCCUGGGUACACGCACCGGCCUGUCGAGGACUAACCUGUUUGUACCCGCCGAUCAGCUCUCCAAUCAAGAUUUCCUGACAGCGGAGGACAAGGAGGGUGUGUUUAAUGCUGAUCACUUCCCUCUGUGGUACAAGAGAGCCGCAGAGCAGGUCCCUGGCACAUUUGUCUACUCCAUCCCCUUCAGCACAGCUUUAGAAAAUAAGAGCGUGGUUUUAGCCAGCACAGCGAUUCAGCUUCUCGAUGACAGAAAGUCUCCAAUUGUCGCAGCUGUGGGGAUCCAGAUGAAGCUGGAGUUCUUUCAGAGGAAGUUCUGGACUGCCUGCAGACAGUGUACAGCUCUGGAUGGAAAAUGUAGCAUUAGCUGUGAUAACACAGACAUUAACUGUUAUCUCAUCGACAACAACGGCUUCAUUCUUGUCACAGAGGAGCAAUCUCAGACAGGGCUCUUCUUUGGAGAGGUGGAGGGUGCUGUUAUGAACAAACUCCUCCAAAUGGGUUCCUUCAAAAGGAUCACGCUGUACGAUUACCAGGCCCUUUGCAGAGAGUACAGCGGGAGCAGCGACGAUGCACGCACUCUGUCAGAUCCCUUCACUGUUGUUAAAUGGCUCCUGACUGAACUUGUCAUUUUCCUGCUUGAAUUUAACCUGUACAGCUGGUGGAACGUGGAUUUAUCAGUGAAAGCUCAGAGACCUCGGGGUAAAACUACGAUGGUGCCGUGUGACACAGAGUACCCUGCCUUCGUCUCUGAGCGCACCAUCAAAGAAACAACAGGCAACAUCGAGUGUGACGGCUGUGUCAGAUCUUUUGUCAUACAGCAGAUUCCCAGCAGCAACCUCUUCAUGGUUGUUGUGGACAAUAAGUGUGACUGCAGCAGUUCUUCUCCAGUAACCAUGGAUCCCAUCGAGAUCAUGUACAACGAGUCAUUAAAAUGUGACAGACUGAAGUUUCAGAAGGACAGAAAGAAGCCCGAGUCAUGUCAUCCUUUCCACCCUGAGGAAAAUGCCAUGGAGUGCGGUUCAGCGACACGCCUCUGUGGUCCUCUAACAGCAGCUCUGCUCCCUCUCAUAGCAGCGACCAUCAGCAGGUGACCGUCAGCAGCAGCACUGGACAUCAGUAAGGACUAAAUCAACAAGAAGAUGCUUAUAAACACAUAGAGAACAUGGCCAAUCAGAAAUGAAUUUGCUCAUACCUCUGCAACAGGCAGCGCUCCACUAAGAAAAAAAACCCCUUUAUCUGUAGCACUGAGACGCACAUCCAUUAAUGCAGAAAACAUAAGCGAUGUGGUGCAGCGAGAGAGAAUGAGAAUAAUGGGAGUGCUUGGUGACUUUGCUCAGAGCAUUGCAGAUCACACCACUGACAGUUUGCCAUAUUGUCCUGAAUGUGUGCUGAAAUUAAAUAAGAGAAAGAAAUACAGCGUGUCACAGUAAAAUACAAAUGCCUAGGAGUGCAGGUAUUUCUCGUCAAAGUUUAAAACAAGUCCUUUGUGCCAAGGAUGAUAGUGAGACAUCACACGUGUUUGUUUCUUUGUUGUGAAGAUAAAAAAGAAAGCUAAUGUAAAAGUCUGCAGAAUGUAAAAUGCACUUUUGUCAUACGUGAAACGAAUGCAGAGCGGUCUGUAUUUUUGGCAGUAAACUGCUAAAAACAGUGGACAGUGCCGUCAUGGUUUACUUUCUUCAAACAUUUUAUUUCGUAACUAAAUUCCUUUUUGUGUCUGUAAUAAUAUGGAUCAUGUAAAAUAGCCGAGAGACAACGGAAAAUAAUAACUUGCUUUAUUCUGCCAGUUUCUCCUUGUUUUAAAGCAGAAGACAUUUCAGACGAGCUAAAGAUGCAUGACGAAGAAGAUCACAGAGUGUUAUAUUCAUGUGUUCAGCCAUAAUUUGUCAAGGUGACCUCAUACUCUUAACGUCAUGUUUAAGAAAGCUGAUGAAUAAAUACAAAGACAUAUUUUUCCUUCCUUUAUUCACCUCGU